AUGUUAAUCAAUCGACAUCGCUUUUCUUUUCUCUUCUACAUUCCACUUGACAGUCACUCGACAAUGUGUAACGUUUAUAUUUACGGCCAUUUGAUGCUCAACGACCAGUCAGAAAAAAUAAAAAGCGACGUUGUGAAAAAGUUGUCAUUUAUUGACAAGCUUACUUUUGCGUCUUUAUCAAAGGAAAACGAAAAACUCGUCAGUAGAAUCGGCGUGCUCCCUAAGGUUGUCGACAUCUUGAUUCGGGCCGAAUCGGUUGUUAUCGAUGAUUCAUCAGCGUUUUACGUGGAGAAUUAUUUCAUCGUCAUCAGUACGGAGGAAGACAAAAUGGUGAUUGAAGGUGAUCAACUCUACCAUCUACAUAGCGGAGCGCGAUAUCAGUUGCCGUACAAGUUCCUUCCGCACUUCUUCAGCAUGGUCAAUGAAAUCGGACAUUUGCGCUUUGAGCUCGGUCGCCUUGAUAUUGACUACGUUGACUCAAGCUUGCGAGACAGACUAUGGAAGGAAUACAUGAAGAACACGAAGAGUGAUCUCCAAGAAAUUUUGCCUGCAGGGCAGCACCGCGUGCUGCAAGAUAUUUCAAAGUGCGUCCAAAAUGGAACAUCGCUGCGACAUUGUACGUUCGUCGCUGAGUCAUUUGAGUUGAUCAAACAUUUUUUCAACGUAUCGAAUACUUUUACGAUGGAGAACUUGCACAUAAAUGUUCCCGACAUGCCUGAAUCUUUGAACUUUUUCAACACUCCAAGGUUUCAAAAUCUCAGCUCGGCCGAGUUAUUCAAGUCUCCUUUAUUCUCCAUCGAUCUUUUCUGGGCGAAAAAGUUUGACAAAAUAUCGCUACACACAACUUUGCCGGAAUUUUUUGACGCGUUUGCAGAAGUAUUCAUCGAGGAAUUUGCGCUGAGGGAUCGUUUUUUCGGACAACUCGUUUUUAUUCAACAUGCGACAAGAGACGAGAAAGACCGGAUUAGAAACCGCAUCGAGAAGAUUCGUGGCAUUAAAAGCAUAGAUUCGAGCGAGGAAUUCGAGGCGUAUUCACAGAUCGUUGACCCGAAUGCAUACGGACAUCAAACCGAAUUUCAGUAUGGAUUCUGCAGCCUGAGUCAUCUCAACAAGGAGUGGCGAGCCGAUCCAAUUGCAACACCGAUUCCGGAUAGCGAAUUUGCUCCACGAUAUGCGGCAAGGCAUGCCAAAUUCUACAAGUGGAAGAUAAACGAUAAGAAAGAAGCAGCAUGUGGAUUUUUCGAUUGCUUCAUUCACCGAUCGUACGCGGGCGUGCUGGUCUUCUUGGUUGCAGUAUUUGAUUGUCAAGUAAAUAAAAAC